UCCAGUCAGUUAGUAAAUCACACUCUGAGAAAGUAGUCUUACAGAUCCUUCUUUUUCCAAAUUGUUUGUUAUAUACGAAUUGUGAAUAGAAACAAACUCGAACGAAAACAUAGGAACAAUAUACACCAUCAUGCGCAUCGAUCUGAAGGCCCUGCUGUUGAUCUCCACGUCCGCCGCUUCGGACAGCGUGAUCCGCAUGAGCAAGCGAUUUCAGGUGGGGAAAGCCAGUUUCAUGGUUCGCUACGAGCUGCGGAAGGGUGAGCUGAUCAUCCGCCAUAUAAAGAAGGCCCGAGUUGGCUCCACGCCGGCCAGCCGGCCGAAGAAGCGCCAGCGUCGUCAACAGCAGAAGCUGAAGACUGCGAAUGCUAGCGUGAAAUCCAGCAGUCCGAUCUCGCUGCUUCAAAGCUCCAUUGCCGUGAACACCGAGAGUGUUGUUCUGGUGACCACUGCCAGCCAAACGUCAAGUCGGGAGUGCAGCAGCAUCCAGCUGGAUACUUCGGACCUUUUUCCCACCUUUUCGAAGGAUCAGCAGACCACUAGUUGCGAGAUUCAGUCUUCCGGCAGCCAGACGGAGGAGCAGGUCCUGCAGAGUCGCACCACCCAGGCGAAGAUUUCCGCCAAAAGCUGGGCCACCCAGACCAGGAUACGAAACGCCACCCUGGGCUCCCAGACCGAAGUCUGCUGCAACAACGUGGGUGUUCAGAGAAACAUAGAUGACAAGCACGAGACUACUCAGACCGACGAGGUCGAAGAUGAGCUGAUCAGGCCCUAUCUGCAGGCACUGAUGCUCGAGUCCAUGACGAACAUGAGCAAUAUCAUCAGCAACGAAGUGAUUAGUGCCGUCAGCCAGGUGCUUGAUGUCAGGGGACUUGAAAUAAAAAAAACUACAAAGAAGCAGGACCUGCCCAGGGAGGGAGCCCUAGAGCCGCUAACACCUCUGCCAGUCGACCGGAUCGGUGACAAAUUGUCUUCGGAGAAAUUCAUAACCUUGGCUGGCAUAAGAGGUCUUUUAUCAACGACGACUCUCAAGAGCAGCCAGAGCACGCAGACCGAGAAGGAGGAGGAGAAGGUGGACAAGAACCAGAAGAUGGCGAAGGUCAGCGUGGAGAUGGCCACGCAGACGGAGAAGUUGGAGAAGGAGCGCAGUCGCUGGACCCUAAAGCGCAUCUAGAGGACCGAACCCUCAGUCGACGCGUCCUUGCAACUUACCCAAGCAGCCAGGCCAUGGUCCGGGCUCCCAUCCAGGUGGCACUCAUAUUGUUUUAUGCUUUUGUAGUUGUCACUUUUAGCGAAAUACAAGUGAAUCGAAUCAGA